UUUUUUUCAGUCUAUCUGCGAUGUGUGGGUGGGGAAGUAGGAGCCACCUCAGCUCUUGCCCCCAAAGUCGGACCUCUGGGUCUUUCCCCGAAGAAGGUCGGUGAUGACAUCGCCAAAGCCACGCAGGACUGGAAGGGACUCAAAGUCACAUGCAAGCUCACCAUCCAGAAUCGUGUUGCGAAGAUCGACGUCGUUCCAUCGGCAGCUUCAUUGCUCGUAAAGGAACUCAAGGAGCCUCCACGUGAUCGCAAGAAGGUUAAGAACGUGAAACACAAUGGCGACCUCACACUGGACUCGAUCAUCAAGAUUGCAAGGAUCAUGAGGCCGCGAUCUAUGGCUAGGAAGUUGGAGGGAACCGUUAAAGAGAUUCUGGGUACCGCACAAUCGGUUGGAUGUACCAUUGACGGCCAGCAUCCACAUGACAUCAUCGAGCAAAUCGCCAACGGCGAAAUUGAGAUUCCUGCCGAGUGA